UCUGAAGGUCGGAAAAAGACAAGAAGCACCACUUCAAGUUUAAAAAGGAAUGAAGCUAUGGUGAUAUAAAUGAGAGGCUGGUUCUAGUGGUAUCUUGCAAGUCUUGUGUCAAGUCUAACCAGCCUAUGUACCAAGUGGUGCCAUUUUGAGCUGGUACAAGUUCUGUCUUUAAAGAAUGUGGAGGGAGAGUGGCUGAGUACUGAAGGAGCAGAAGUCUGAGCCUUUCCUUGGAGAGCAUUUUGACAUGACUGUCUGAGGUGUUGCCCAGGUUGGAGGGGCCUCAGGAGAGGCAUGAAAAAACUCUGCUUUUAGGAGGCCAAUAUUUGUUUAGCAGCCCCCAGGACCCUCUCUCUGCCAUGGCCUCAAACUGUACUGGAGGCACAGCGGCUGCAAGCGCUGGCGCAGCUAUAGGUGCUGCGCUCAGUGCUUCCAAGACCAAGACAAAGAAGAAGCAUUUCGUCUGCCAGAAAGUGAAACUGUUUCGAGCCUCUGAACCUCUCCUGAGUGUCCUUAUGUGGGGAGUCAACCACACGAUUAAUGAGUUGAGUAAUGUCCCUGUCCCUGUUAUGUUAAUGCCAGAUGACUUUAAAGCCUACAGCAAGAUUAAAGUGGACAAUCAUCUUUUCAAUAAAGAGAAUCUCCCAAGCCGCUUCAAAUUUAAGGAGUAUUGUCCAAUGGUAUUCCGAAAUCUCCGGGAAAGAUUUGGGAUUGAUGAUCAGGACUAUCAGAAUUCUGUGACCAGGAGUGCUCCAGUAUACAGUGAUAGCCACGGGCGGUGUGGAGUUCGUUUCCUUACCACCUAUGACCGGCGGUUUGUCAUCAAGGCAGUUUCAAGUGAAGAUGUUGCAGAGAUGCACAACAUUCUAAAGAAAUAUCACCAGUUCAUUGUGGAAUGUCAUGGGAAUACACUUUUACCCCAGUUUCUUGGCAUGUAUAGGCUUACAGUAGAUGGUGUGGAAACCUACAUGGUAGUCACCAGGAAUGUGUUUAGUCACCGGUUGACAGUGCAUCGAAAAUAUGAUCUCAAGGGUUCAACAGUAGCAAGAGAAGCCAGCGACAAAGAAAAGGCUAAGGAUCUACCAACCUUUAAAGACAACGAUUUUCUAAAUGAAGGCCAAAAACUCCAUGUUGGAGAGGAAUGUAAAAAAAAUUUCCUGGAGAAAUUGAAGCGAGAUGUUGAGUUUCUUGCACAACUGAAGAUCAUGGAUUACAGUUUGCUGGUAGGGAUUCAUGAUGUUGAUCGAGCUGAGCAAGAAGAAAUGGAAGUUGAGAACCGGGCAGAAGAUGAAGAAUGUGAGAAUGAUGGCAUAGGUGGGAAUCCAAUUGGUUCCUAUGGUACGCCACCUGACAGUCCUGGUAACCUUCUCAACUUCCCACGUUUCUUUGGGCCUGGGGAGUUUGAUCCAUCUGUGGAUGUCUAUGCUAUGAAAAGCCAUGAAAGUGCCCCUAAGAAGGAAGUAUAUUUCAUGGCCAUUAUAGAUAUCCUUACACCUUAUGACACAAAGAAAAAAGCAGCGCAUGCUGCCAAAACUGUGAAACAUGGGGCUGGAGCAGAAAUUUCCACUGUCAAUCCCGAGCAGUAUUCAAAACGCUUCAAUGAAUUUAUGUCCAAUAUUCUGACAUAGUUGUCUUCCCAUUAUUGGCAGAAAAGGAGGGAGAAGAAUAGUAGAGGGUGGGGGGUAGUAUUUCCAGUGCUACAGGAAUGCAGUCUGCUGGGCAUGAUAUUCUGUGAGUGUGUGAUGACAGCCUGACCUAGCAGAAAAUUAACCUCUAGAUACGGGCUUUCAAACCUGGUGGAAAAAUGAGGUUAUUACUCUCUUCUAUUUUGGUUGCUACAAUAAAUAUCCAAACAUAAACCUGAGGAAUAAGGUAGUGUUAAAAUUUGCACUUUUCUUUGAAAAGCAUCAGUCUCCAAAUGGUCAGAUGUUAAUAUGAACACAUAACAGAAGAUAUAAAUGAUGGUUUCCUUCGAUUGAACUAUGGCUGUUCACUCAGAGCAAAUUCUCUUUGUUACUUUCUCUAAGGAUUGGACAAGAAAUGACCUGUCAUUUCAAGGACAAGAACUAUUAUAAAGAUUAAGGAAAGCCAUUUUAAGUUAGUUGAACAAAGACUUUUUACUUCUGGUCUUUUGAUAUCCCACUUUUCUGCAUUGUUAUUUCAAAAAAAGAUGAGAAUAUGAGGGAAUUAGAUGGCUGCUUAAAGUUUUAUGCAAUCAAGGGAGGGAAAAAACCAGUUUCAGAAGAAUCCACAUUUCUAAUAAAAUAUGAUACAAUUUCUUGGUGGAGAUCAUGAAGAGAUGAGAUAACUUCAUGAAAAUAAUAUCUUGAUGAGCUACAGAUAUAUUUGUACUGAGUUGGAUUACAAAUUGGAUUAAGUUAUCUCUAAUAUAAUGAUCUACCAGAGUUAAAUUAUUCAGAUUCAAUCUUUUAUACU